AACCCGGCAGAGUCAGAAUUUCGAAAAUCAGGACUCGCAAACGGUCGUUCGUUCCUUUCUCUCUCGACUCGAAAUCAGAUUUCGCUGCUCGUUACGCGAAGUUUUUUCCCGCGUCUUAUUGCAUUUUCGCUGUGCGCCACAAUUAAUUGAGCUCGUGCUUGAAGCUCUCUACCCUCUCGUUCCUUUUUUCAAUUUUUUGAAGCACUUAACGUUGGUGAUGAAUAAAUUCUAAAAUAAAAUUUUACUCCUCGUAAAACCGGUUUUUGUGCGUCUGUAAAUUUUGGAUCCUCCUUUUUUUUCAUCCAUUAUUUCAAAUUGAAGGCCUCCAUGCUAGGCGUCCACCGUCUCACCACUUUGCGGUCAACUUAGUCAGUCAAAAAUCAUUGUUUUUUAAUAUUUAUUUUUUGCAAACUUUUUAGUAAUUUUUAUCUUCGGAUCGACCAAGGAGCCAUAGAGAUUCACGCGCUAUUUGAAGAAACUUCUGCACUGUUCCGGCUUUUCUUUAAUCUGUGAUUUUGUACAUUUUACGCUCCCAAAAAAUCUAACGAUUUUAAGAAUUUUCUUUUUUGGGUGUUGUACAUACUAACAGUGGUAAUCUGUAUUCUCUCGUAGAAGUGUCUUUUCGUGCGUUCUGUUUAGAGAGUUGUGAAAUUCUCGAACUUUUGAGAAAUUUCACGAGGUGACUGUCCCAAAUUUGUGUAUCUUCGCUGUCAUAAAGUCGGAAAAUGUUACUUCAUUUCGUUGUUACCGUUUUCGUGCUAUGUACGUUCGAGGUAUGGUCACUUGCAGAGGACCCUACAACCAUCUCCAAGUUAUUGGAGACAGUUUUGAAAAUUCAACCGCCGCAAGAUAUUGGAUUUGACAAAUCGCGAGUUCGGACCCCUGAUCAUAUGAUGGAUUUAUUACAUCAAUACAACGACGACCACUCAUCGGAGCAUCUCAAUGACAACAUAAUCAGGAAUAUUUUUCCCCUGCAAGAUAACUGGAGCAACGAGAACCCAGGACUGUCAACCCUGAUGAUCUUCAACCUGACCUGCGUGCAGCCCGGCGAAGUCGUCUACUCGGCGCGCCUGAACCUGGACCCGCACGACUUCUUCGUCCACCCGCACCACAAGAGCCCCGGCGCCCCCCACAAACGCACCCACCACCGCAAGGCGCCCCUCCCUCUCCAACUCCGCGUCUUCCGCCUCGCCGACGGCCCCCUCGGCCUCAAGCCCGUCGAACUGGGCCUCGUCCCGCUCUCCCACUCAAACUCCAACUCCAAUGACGUCAUACCCAACGAUGUCGUGAUCAGUGACGUCACAGCCUACCUCCUGGACACGAUCGCCUCCGCGGAGCACGACGUCCUCAUCGGGUUCCGACUCGAGACCCCGCACAACCAGACGCUGAUGCCGAAGAUGGGCGUGAGGUCGCCGAACAACAGCACCCACCGGGCAGCGUCCUUCUUGGUGGUGUUCUCCGAGGAGAGCGUCUUCCGGCCGUUCCUCCUGCCGUUGGCCAUGUUCAACACCUCCGCGGAGAGUAACGAGAUUCCCCGCUCGACCGGGAAGUCCGCGCCAGCGCCGAAUGCGGAGGCUAAUGAGGUGCGAGUCAGGAGGUCCGUGACGGACAACGAGGUGAGCGGCAACGACAGCCAGGACGGAGCCCCGGAGGAGGACGCCGAGGACGAGUACUACGUGUUUCCCAGGAAGGGCAAAGGCGCCGCCAAGCGCAAGAAGAGCCGGGCCAAGCCACACCUCAACGACCACGUGAUGGGGCGUCGAUUUCAAGACUGCAGGCGAAAAAAGCUCACGGUGAACUUUGCCGACAUUGGAUGGGGCGGAUGGGUACUGUCUCCGGAUGCUUUUGAAGCUUAUUACUGCGAUGGCGGUUGCUCCUAUCCACUUAUCAGGUCAAUGAGGCCGACAAACCAUGCGACCCUCCAGAGUAUGGUGAGAGCUGUCGGCGGCCGCGAUGUUCCAGAACCGAGGUGUGUGGCUGACAGUUUAAGCCCGGUCAAGAUCACCUACAUCGAUCAAAUUGGCAAUAUCGUUAGGAAAACGUAUCCCGCCAUGAGCGUCCGGUCCUGUGCCUGCAGAUGAGGAUCUGUCCACCGUGAUAAUUUACCAUCGUAACGAAUUUGUUUGCUCAAUAUCUCGGUAUUUGUUUGUAUCGAAGAGCUGAAUAAUUUUUUCCCUUCAUCUCUUUUAUUUGUAAGGAAUUGUUUUGCGAAACUUUGUGGAGCAGGAAAAGUAGCUGGUGUUAACUCAGUCAUGUCAGUUUGCAGGAGUUUGAUAGAAAUUAACAUGUAUAGUUUUUAACUCUGCACAGGUGACUGCUUGCACGUCCGUGUACAGUUUCUUGCCUAACCUCCUAAUUUCAGGCGAUUUUACUGACAGACCAGCGGUAAAUCUGGAUGUGUUUCGGUAUGCACAAUGGUCCACCGCGUUAAUGAACCUUAUUUUUGUCAUGUCUUCCCUUCACUUCAACGUUGUUUUUCCGGAAAAAUAUCAAGAAAAGUUUAAGUAAAUAUAUAUAUUUCACUUCAAUCAGUGUGUCCUUCUGUAAAAAUCAAGUGCAAUACGUUUAAAAAUGAAAUGCAGCACAUGUGGUACGCUAUAAGUUAUUCUGUCACAGUAAACCGCAUUUACUCUUUUGUAGAGUGUUUGUAAAUAUGCAGAUAUUAAUUUGUAAAAAGAAACAAAUUGUGUACAUUUGUAAAUUUAUGAUGUGCGUGGUUUAUCGUUACUAUAUUUUCUUAUCAAAUACCAUGUCAAACAUGGGAAUACUUAAUUAUCUUUAUAUGAAGAUACAACCUGUAUAGAUAAAUUUAACUUUGUUAGAUCCUCCAGGAUAAGUAAUUAAAUUUACUACAAAAAAGGAGCUUUGGUAAUGUUAAUUUUUACUUGUAUAUAUCCAAGUUGAUUAAAAUGUGUUUUGUUAAAGAA